CGUCAAGUGUGGCCAGAGGCCUUUCAUAGUAGCCAGUCUUCGAAUUUCCUUUGCAUCGAAGUAGCGACAAGCAGAAAUUGUAAUUAUAACUACUCGACUUAAUCGACAAGUUUCGUUCGUAGAUCAGCAAGGAGCGGAAGGAGAGAGGAAAGGAGUGAACAAUUAAAAUUUUUUGCUUGGUGAUUGUCUAGGCGAGAAACAGCUAAAGAGCUUCUGCGGCAGAGCUACGAAAAAUACGCACCGAGGCGGAGUAAUAUGAGUAAUGCAGCCAACCAGAAUGGAUCAGGUCUAGAGCAGCAGUUAGCUGGUCUGGACUUGUCGGGCUCCCGCCAAGCUAGUGGGGGUCGCUACGUACCACCACACCUAAGAAAUAAAUCCGGAAGUAACGGACCUUCUGGAGGAGAUCAACAUUCUUCGAACUCGAGAUCAUCAUACUCUGAGAGAGAUAGGGGUGGUGAACGUGAUCAUGAUAGGGACAGGGAUCGUGAUAGGGGCAGAGUCGGUCCCGGCUAUAAAGAACCACGAAAUUCUCGCGAUGUCGAUUUUGGGAACUUUGGAAACUAUGGUGUACGCAACAGACGUAGCGCUGGUCCAGAAAAUGGAAGAGAUUAUAACAGAUUUUCUAAUUCCGAGCGCGAUCGAGAUCAUGAGCGCCCGAUUAGCUCCGGCAAUGACCGUUGGCCAGAGCCUAGAAACAACCGCUGGCAAGAGAGCAAAACCGACCAUAGAAUGGGCAGCAGCGGCGGCGGCGGCGGUGGUGGUGGUAGAUGGAAAGACGACAGAGAUGGAGGAAGAAGAGGCUCUGAAAUCGAUUGGACGAUUCCUACUUCCAGAGAUGAGCGAUUGGAGGUGGAAUUAUUUGGUACUGGGAAUACUGGUAUCAAUUUUAGUAAAUAUGAGGAUAUCCCAGUUGAGGCUACUGGAGACAAUAUACCUCCACACAUCACAUCUUUCGACGAGGUUAAGCUGACGGAGAUAAUAAAGAACAGCAUUAGUCUGGCUGGUUAUGAUAAGCCUACACCCGUGCAGAAGUAUGCGAUACCGAUCAUCAUUGGACGUCGUGAUGUUAUGGCCUGUGCCCAAACAGGGUCUGGUAAAACAGCGGCCUUUUUAGUGCCAAUAUUGAAUCAGAUUUAUGAAGGUGGGCCAUGUCCACCGCCACCACAUGUCAAUUCUUCUGGCAAGCGUAAACAGUACCCACUGGGUCUGGUAUUAGCACCUACAAGAGAGCUUGCCACUCAAAUAUAUGACGAGGCAAGGAAAUUUGCAUACAGAUCACGUAUGCGUCCUGCUGUUGUCUAUGGUGGUUCAAAUAUUGUAGACCAAAUGCGAGAACUAGAUCGCGGCUGCCAUCUUCUUGUAGCAACACCUGGCCGUCUCGUAGAUAUGUUAGGCCGGGGUAAAAUUGGUUUACAUAAUUGCCGAUUCUUAGUAUUGGACGAAGCGGAUCGUAUGUUGGAUAUGGGUUUUGAACCACAGAUAAGACGUAUAGUCCAAGAGGAUGCAAUGCCUCCAACUGGGGAAAGACAGACACUUAUGUUCUCAGCUACGUUCCCUAAGGAGAUACAAAUGUUGGCAAGGGAUUUCCUUAGCAAUUAUAUCUUUUUAGCUGUAGGCCGUGUAGGCUCUACAUCUGAAAAUAUUACUCAGAAAAUUGUAUGGGUGGAAGAACAUGACAAACGUUCAUAUUUGCUUGAUUUGCUUCAGGCUAGCAAUUUUGCAGAUCCUAAUGCUGAGUCAUUAACUUUGGUGUUCGUGGAAACAAAGAAGGGUGCAGAUAUGUUAGAAGAGUAUUUGCAUCAGAUGGGAUAUCCAGUUACCAGUAUUCACGGUGACCGAACACAGCGUGAGCGAGAAGAAGCUUUGCGCCGUUUCCGUGCUGGUAAAGCGCCAAUACUUGUUGCAACUGCCGUUGCUGCCCGUGGACUCGAUAUUCCACAUGUAAAACAUGUGAUAAAUUUCGACUUACCAGGCGAUGUCGAAGAAUAUGUACAUCGAAUUGGUCGUACUGGUCGUAUGGGCAAUUUAGGUCUCGCAACGUCAUUUUUCAACAAGAAAAACCAUAAUUUGGUGCGUGAUUUGGUGUCUCUGCUGAUCGAGGCUAACCAAGAACUUCCGACGUGGCUGGAUGACAUGUUCGGUGACGUAGCAAGACAUUCUGGAGGUGGAUCUCGACGAGCUGGGGGUAGUAGUACUAAAGGAGGAGGAGGAGGAGGAGGUGGAGGUGGUGGCGGCGGUGGCGGCGGUGGAGGACGAUUUAGUGGGUUUGGCGCAAGAGAUUAUCGUCAACAACCUAGCUCUGGAUCUGCUCGUAACAACGGGUCCUUAAAUAGACCUGGCAGUUACGGAGGAGGUUACGGUGGCUAUGGCGGCAGUUAUAAUAAUUCAUCGCAUAAUAAUUCUGCUAACAACGGCAGCAGCAACGGCACCGAUUGGUGGGAGCAUUAACAGCGGCGGAAGCAAAUUCGGACAGUGACGCAGGGAAGACAAUGAUCUCGUUUCGAAAGCAUUCAAGGAGUCAUAGAUCAGGAUUUGUCAGGCACUAGACAAAGAUAUGCAAGAUCCAUCCAAAGUUUCGUUGCCGUGCGUAUUGAGGAACACAAGUAGUAUAAUCACUAAUGAAUCGAAUCGUUAUUGCCUAGAUAGGACAUGACGAUGCAACACAUAGUAGGUGGAGAAACUUAGUAAAAUUUUUUAGAACUCCUGUCGAGACUAUGGGGCUCGUUGUGGCUUCAUUAUUUAAAUUUUUCGAAGGAUGUUAUUGGCGUAUCUUCGAGAAUUAUGGCGUCUAGAUUCGAGGAAAUUAAUGUAGCUUUAAAUGCACAAGUGCUUUAGUACUACUACGCCUGAAUGGCCAGUAACUUGUGUAGUUUGAUUUAACCUGAUAGCGGCAUUUCUUUGUUUUUUUUUUUUUUUUUCGUUUUUGUAUCGUUAGUUUCUUUUGCUUUAUUCUUUUGUUUAAUGUAAUGCACAUACAGACUUGUCUAGACGCCUAGGAUACGCCAUAACAUCGCCAUCGCCAUAGAUUUCGUGACGAUUCCUGUUUUAAAUUUACUAUAGUCCAGCGACGAAUGGUACUUUGUUGUUUUGCCGUCCCCAGACACAGACGACGUUGCGCCGGCAAUAUCAUGGUUUAAUCGACUGAAUUGUGGUGAAAUAUUCCACUAGUCGAGAAGCUUUGAUAUUAUGAAAAGGACACAGGCUGCGUCUUAGGAUUACUUUUAGAAAUCUCCGUUCGUAUUUCUAUCUCGCGUUCUCUUAACAAUAAGUAAGUUUCAAGGU